AGAACGGGUGAGCUCAUCUAAGCUGGAACAUGCUCCAAGGUUUAUGAGCCACUCAAUGCAGAUGAUAUCAGAGGGGGAUAAUCUGAGGCCGGGAGCAAAGCUACUCAGGAAAUCGCAACAUCCACUUUAGGACGCAUUCCAUGCCUAAACAGAGCAGCCAGCCAAGUGCAGCCAGCCACAGGCCCUAGGUGUUAAUGUCAUGAUGAGCCUGUAACACUGGUAGCCAUGGAAACCCAAUCCAGAGAAAUGGAGGCAGGAGAGAAGUCCCCUGAGUCCAAGGAUUUGCUGCCCAGCCAAACUGCCAGUACCUUGUGUAUCAGCUCGCGCAGUGAGUCCGGUUGGAAUACUCCUCCCCAGAACAAGUGGGAUGUCUACCACAAGCCGGUCAUUGUCCUGUCUGUGGGUGGAGCAGUGUUCCUUUUUGGCGUGGCUAUCACCAGCUUGACCUGCUUCGUCAUAGACAAAAACACCAAUACGACCAAGCCAGAAACGACCAAGCCAGAAAAGCCAGAAAAGAACAGCAAUAUGACCAAGGAGGUUUUUAAACUGUGCGGACCAGCCUUCCUGUCACUGGGCCUCAUGCUGCUAGUCUGUGGCCUUGUCUGGAUCCCCAUCAUCCGGAAAAAGCUGCGCCAGAAGCAGAAAUAUCACAUCCUCCAGAGCAUUAAGUCUUUCUUUCUCAACCGCUGAAGGUGGCUGCUCUCCAGUUCUGCCAAGAGGUGAAAAGGAUGGUGUUAGCAGGACAGGGCCCAGCCUUU